AUGUUCGCGUCAAUACUUUUCGGCAUCGUUUUGCUGACUCUUUCUGCUCGCGGGCAAUUUGUCGCCCAGCCAGCAGACCUCAAGACGGUCAAAGGAGCGGCAGGAACCACUGUUCGAUUUAAGCAAGUACCCAACGGAAUAUGCGAGACCGACCCGAAUGUCAAAUCCUUUGCCGGCUACGUGGAUGUCAGCCCGACUCAGCACAUUUACUUCUACCUAAUUGAAGCGAAGCAGAAUGCGACCUCCACACCGAUGACGAUCAGACUGGAUGGGGGCCCGGGGGCUUCGUCCAUGGGAGGACUCUUCCUCGAGCUCGGGCCUUGUACUAUUGAUGCGAGUGGAAAGGUGGUGAACAAUCCAAACUCCUGGUCAGCCAUUAGCAACAUGCUGUUCAUCGACCAGCCAGCAACUGUCGGCUUCUCGUUCACUAAACUGGUCAACGGCACUAUCAACCCUAAGACCGCAGAGAUUAUUCCACAGCAGUGCACGUUAGCGGAUCCGAUGUGCGGCACGUACUCCUCCAUGGAUCUCUCUCUGACGCCGAACUCAACGGAAGAGGCUGCCAAGGUGUUCUAUCAGGUGAUGCAAGGAAUCAUGGGCGCCUUUCCUCAAUACACAGCAAACGGUGUGCAUAUCACAGGUCAAUCGUACGGCGGUCACUACGCACCGAUCUUUGCUGACCACAUCAUGCUGCAAAACCAGCUCGGCGUACCCGAUACCGUCAACGUACCCCUGAAAUCCAUUUCUAUUGAAGACGGGUUCAUGGAUAGUCGCGUACAGUUUGGUGCGUAUUUCAACUACUCAGUGUCACCCGGUAAUCCAUACGAUCUCAUGCCGUUCAACGACACCCUCCGUCAAAAGCUUUUCACCAACAUGUUUGGCGCUGGAGGCUGUCAGGAUAAACAGACAGCAUGUAAUAGCAACCCUACAGACAAGGUAUGUGCGGAUGCCGACGCCUUUUGCAUAAAGAACGUCGAAGAGUUUUGGGACGUCAAUACUGGCCGAUUCGAGAACGACAUACGAUUGCUGUCACCAGCCCCCUACCCGGCACCGAACUUCAUCGCAUAUCUCAACCGAGCCGACGUCCAAGCAGCCAUCGGAGCCUCGAACAACUUCACAGUGGCCUCAGUACAGACCAGUAUCAGGUUCAGCUCUACUGGCGAUGACAGUCGCACGGGUGCGCUUGUCGUCCAGUCUAUGAAGAAUCUCCUCCAACAAGGCGUCACCGUCGCGCUGUUCACCGGCGAUGCCGACUACGAUAGCAACAUGAUCGGCGCUCAAAUGGUGGCGGCUGAAGUCGGGGCCGCGAACUGGGCUUCUGCGGGGUUUGUGGAUCUCCAGAAGCCGCACGCCGAAUACAAGAACGCGUAA